CGUCAAGUAGUUGGUGUCUCAGCACGAACGGUAGUUCGCGGCGAUUGCCUCUGCACCGCUUUAGCAUUUCUUCGCGGCAUUCCUCUUACGGUACCCUUGCAUUCCUAAUAAUAAUAAACAUCUCUCCGAGUUGAAAGCUUGAUUUACGCGACAACACUUUACAAAGUGUUUUCGCAUAAUUUUAUCUUCAAAAUAUAUAAAAAUAAUUAUAAGUACUUGGAGAGAGGAUCAGAUUUCCUUUAAACGACUAAUUUUCCAGAUAACUUGAGUAUCUUUUGGACACUUUGUUCUAGGUAAGUUGUAAAAAUACAGAUACAGGAAAUAUUUACAAGAAUAAAUGAGAAUAAACUGCUGUCCUUAAAAAUGAGAAUAAAAGAACAGAGAAAGAUAUGACAAAAAUAACGAGAACUCAUUGAUCUAAAGAUAAAAUGUAAUAAUAGUAAUAAUAAUUUUUAUUUCCUUUAGUAUCACAAUAGUCAAACAAGGGACUUGGUUUACAAUUUUCUAAACACUUUUGUCUUCCUAUCCUUUUCUUUACAAAUUCUUCUCUCUAUAUAAUCUUAAUUACCUCUUGACUAUCUAUAGAUACUUCUAUCACAAUAAUUAACUUAAUAACUUAAUAAGAUAAAAUGUGAUACUGUCUCUCUAGUAAAAGAAAUGUCCAGAGGAAGAAAAAAAAAAAAACAAAAAAAGGGUAUGUCAAACGAGGUUCGAAAUUGCGCGAGAAAUGAGGCGAGCGAAUUGAGAGUACAAUCAAAAGAUACGCAGAGAAGGGAAAUUGUUGGCGAAAAACUGGCUUCCCCGGUAAAAGCGAGGUAAGAGAGAAAAGGAUCAUGGAAUACAGAAUGUGCAGAAAACAUAGUGGAUAAUGGCAAAACAGAGCGCGCCCGCGCGUUUGCGCGCGCGAAAGCAAACGGGCCGACCUCCGGAGAAAGAGUAAAACACUCGUUAAUACGCUCCCGGGGAGAGCGGCGGAGAGCCAACGCGCGCUUCGGAGCGUACGCGGAGCGCCCGUGGAAGAGAGGAUGCGAUACAAGGACAAACGGCAAACGGCGACGAGUCUCAAGAAAAAACCGCGACGAUGAAAACGUUCGGUGAGGAGAGAUAGAGAGAAAAAAAGACAGAGAGACAGAGACAGAGAGGGGCCUCCGGAUAGAGAGUAGUAGUGGGGAUGACGUAAGAGCAAGGGAUAGAGUGGGGGCACAGGAGCAGUCAAGAAUGAGAAGAGAAAGAGCAGCGAGGGGGGAGGGGGAGGUGAUACCGGGAGGGAAGCAGGCGGCGGGGAGAGGGAGGGACGGGAAGGGCGAAGGAAAAAGGUGGGGGCAUCCAUUCAUGCUUUACUUCUGGCUUUUAAGAGUCCAGUCGAGCGGACGGCAUACCUUCGCAUAGGCCGAUCUCCGUUCUGCGCUCCUUCUCCGCCUUAGCAAUCGCGCUCCGUUUCUCCGAGAGGAAGAUCUCGGCGAGGAACCGCAAAAAGGGAGUCACCGCACCAGACGAACGUCUUCGAACGAAAGGACAGACACGAGAGACAGAUAGAGAUUUUGACGGACAGGGAUCGGUCGCAGCUCGGUGAGAGUGCGCGAGUGCGGAUACGCUCUAUCGAACCCUCCCCCCCCCCCCCGGAGGCUCCCCUCCAAGAUCGGCCGAUCAGGAUCGGGGAACGGGGCUCUUUCGCGUCUCCGGAGUUGCGAGGUGCAAGAAGAGGGAGAUAAGAGGAGAUCAGGACCGCGGUAAACAGAGACACGUGACGUUCCUCUGCUUUCGUAGCCGGAAGAAGAAAGAUCGUAAGACUUAAACUUGGGAACGAGGUUUCCGUAGGUACAGCGUUUCCUGAAGAUUUUUCAUCUUCUGCGGGAAAGGUUGACCUGUAGGAUUAGCGAAUUCGGAGAAAACUACGAUCGUCAAUCUCUUUGAUACGAGCGGAUAAAAACUCCUCUUUCCGCUUUUCCCUUGAAGAACGAUCAAUGAAAAGACUCGCGUUUGUGAGAUUUACGAAGAUGGACUUCAAGUAGCGGUAAUCGACGAGCUUUGAGACGUGGACUUUUGCCGAUCCGUGUUGUAUCUCUGCUAUGAGUAUUCCCUGAGUAUUCCUCCUCCCGCUCGCUUCCGAACGCCUCAAGUCGUGCAAAUAAGAAGGUGAACGUAUCGAAACCCCCUUCCAUUCUUUUUAUCGUAUCCCCCCCAUCGUGAGGAGCAAAACACCUAACGCAGCAAACGUUUCCUUCGGAGAGAAAAAGAAAGAAAAAGAGAGAGAGAGAGAAAGAGAGAGAGACACAAACAGGCAACCUCUCCGAUUCUCUCGAUCGGGAUUGUUUAUCGGGAAGAAUUUCGCUGCGACACGAUGACCGGUAAAACAAUACGACACCUGCUCUAUACGCUGCUGGCAAUCAUCGGGGUUCGCCGAAGCAAAUGCGAGGUUUUCGAUUUGCCGUUGAGAGUCGAGCACGACGAGUAUCUUAAGGAGUACUUGUUCAUCGACGAAAGUAAGUACCAGGCUGAGCUGCAGGAAUUCGACGACACGACGGUCGAGAUCGAUCUGAUUAAUCGUAACCGGAAGCACAGGCUGAGCCACGAAGAGCCUAGGGUGCUAUACCAAGUCGGGAACAGCGAGAAGGAGUUACCGGAGUGCGCGGAGCGGAGCGAGGUAUGUAGCAAGGUGGAUUUAUAUGGUGCACCGUGGGUCGAGAGACAAUGUCGUUGCCCGAACGGCCGUGCCUGCCCCAGCAGUCUUCACGGGGACGACGGACACACGAUCGUCGAUAAAACGCGCCGCUACAAGCUCUGCGAGCCCGUGAAACGGCUUCCCAUCUGUCAUUACUUCAAGGACAUUACGUGGACACUAGCACCCGGAGGUGGCCCGUUGAACGCGACGGUGCAACGCGUCUACUGUCGAUGUCGGCCAAAUAGCGUGCCAUACCUAGUACAUAGGCAACCACACAGAUCGCCGGAUGGAAAUCCGGGCUUCAUCUAUGCCUUCGCCUGUUCUCCGCAAAGCAAAAUACGAUGCCAGCACAAGGAGCCCUGCCGCCUGUUCACCGUACGCAAGAGACGCAACUCGCAGCUCGAGGAAGUGAACGCCUCGCCUCUCUGCCAGUGCCCGCGCGGGCACCGGUGCCCGCGGCGACACACUGAUCCUGGCUCCUCGCCAGCGCGGUCUUACGCCGGCGUCCUGGAGAUCAAGACUUACAGCGGCUACUGCGUGCCGUACCACGGCUACGACAAAAUGACCUACGGCAUCUGAGAGACCCUCGGGUCGCUCGGAUUAGAAACGGCAUCUCUGUGACGCGUCUGCGGCGAGAGACGCCGACGAAGGAUCCACCAGAAUGUCUGCCAAAUGCAAAUCCGCAACACCACGAGACGGACGGACGCUUCAUCGUUCAACGGACUCAUAUAUCUUUUUACUAUACGGCCCCCGUAAAAAGACGGUUGGCUCGAAACCACGGGCUAGUCUCUCUCUUUCUCUCUCUCUCUUUCGUCUCCGCCUUUUCAGACGCGCAACAAUUGGCCAUUCCAGUACCUGCCGAUUGUCGGAACAUUGGUUGUCGUAAAAUCGCAGAGGCGGCUCUCAACAAUUCCCGGUCGUGGCGACGAGCGCAUUCGGAUGACCUUUCGAGCGAGAAGAGCUCAUCCGCACGCUCUUCCCUACUUAUCCUUUUCAAUUUUUCCCCCUUUCUUCCCCUUUCUCAUCUCGAACGAAACGUGGUAGCAACUCCUGAUCCACUCUCCGACUAGACAGGAAGCGUCACGUAGGAAUCGCGGACAACGGGAAAUUAACAUACGUGUGUCGAUCGGUCGGCUGUACCAAGCCAUGUGAUGCCGUGCCAUCCUCAUCGCGGCGUUGGCGAGUGUUAAGUGUAAAAAGUAAUGUACAGAAGAAUAUAUAGAGAUAAGGAAAUCGCGGGCCCGCCUACAGUUUUGUACAGUACAUUUCGAAACGAUCGCUUCGUAUUCCCGCAAUGUAAUAACACAGGGGGAGAGGGGCGUUAUCGCGCGUCCUCCCUCCUCCCUCCUCACUCGGUCGUAAUAACGGCGAGUCUUUUCUUUUUUUUUAGCGCUACCGAUCUUUAUUGCCGCUUCGUAGAGUAUUUGCAGACGUCGCAACUAUUGUUUUAAACUUGUAUAUAUAUACAUAUAAUAUAUAUAUUCGUCCCUGGUCUUCCGAAAGUGUUUUAUUCGGGGAGUAUAUGGUAGCAUCGCAAGACAAUUUCGAAGAGACUCUCUCGAUGUUAUUUGUUACUUUUACUUUAACUUAAUAAAAAAGUAUGUGUAUACAUAUUA